ACAUAUUUAUGAUUCAUACUUCCUUGUUGUCAGCCCUGAUUCAUAGGACCAUGGUUGACCGAUUGGUAAAUAGCGAGGCUAAUGCCAGACGUAUUGCUAUGGUUGAAAACUGCUUUGGCAGUUCUGGCCAGCCACUUGCAGUACCUGGAAGAGUCUUAGUUGGAGAAGGUGUGUUAACAAAAAUGUGUAGGAAAAAGCCUAAACCAAGACAAUUUUUUUUAUUUAAUGAUAUAUUGGUUUAUGGAAAUAUUGUAAUGAAUAAAAAAAAGUACAACAAACAACAUAUCAUACCACUUGAAGAAGUCAAACUUGAAUCUUUAAUUGAUGAUGGUCAAUAUCGCAAUGGCUGGCUCAUAAAAACAGUAACAAAGUCAUUUGCUGUUUAUGCUGCUACUGCAACAGAGAAACAAGAAUGGAUGGCUCAUAUUACAAAAUGUAUUGAAGAUUUAUUAAGAAAAAGUGGUAAAAAACCAGUUGAAGUUCAUGCAGCUGUUUGGGUACCAGAUAAUGAAGCUACAAUUUGUAUGCAUUGUAAUAAAACACAAUUUACAGUCUUAAAUAGACGGCAUCAUUGUAGGCAGUGUGGAGCUGUUGUAUGUGGACCUUGUAGCAAUAAAAAAUUGUUAUUACCUGGACAAGGAAAUGGAAAAGCAGUUAGAGUUUGUCUACAAUGUUAUGAUGCAGCCAGUAAAGUAAAAGCAUCAUCUCCAUCUACUGUUGAUAAUUUAAAUAAUAAAGAUCAACAGCGUAAUUCAGCAGAUAGUUCAGGAGGUGAUAGUUCUGGUGAUGAUGAUGAUGGAAACAAAGAAGAAAAUCAUGAUCAUGAGGUGAGUAAUUUUUAUAAUAUUGAUAAUAAUUAAAAAUUUAUCAAAUUUUUAAUAGUUUGUUAUAUAUCUUUUUUGUUAUAGCCUAAAUUUUAUUCUACGCUUGCCCGAUGAAGUUAACUACAUUUUAUAUUAAACAACAAUAUGAAUAAGAACAUAUUCAGAAUUAUAUUUUUAAAAGUUGAUAACUUCAAAUUGUCAAUAAUAUUAUAACUAAUAGUAAUUUAAAGAUUGUUAAAACUAUUUUUAAAUUAUAUUUAUGCAAAGAAUUAGAAACAUAUCUGUAUAUAAAGAAUUCAAAUAAUUUUGUAUUAAAUUUUGAAAUUUAAUAUUUUAAUAUGUAUAUCUAAUUUAUGAAUAACUUUGAAGAUAUCAUUGACAUUAAGAAUUAAAUAGUAUAUUAUUUUAAUAUUUACAAAAAGAAUUGAAAGAUAGAAGAUUACUAUUUUUUUAACUCUAUAUUUUGUAAAAAAAAUUCAUGAAAUUUUGACCAUUUAUACUUAUAUCGUCUUGUUAUACUAAAGUAUUUCGAUAUAUAUUCUUAUUAGAUUCUAUUUUAUCUAAUUUUCGUUGAUAUGAUAUUUUAUGAAUAUAUGCCACAUUGUGCCUUUCUUAAUGAAAUAUUUGUCUUUUCUACUGUUUGUAAACAGAUAAUGUUAAUUUUAGAAAAAGAACAUUAUAUAUAAUAAAUUUUAAACAUAUACAUAUAUAUAAUAUAAAAUCAAAAUUCAGUUUAAUUACUUGUAUUAUAAAAUUAAACGAAAUCUUUAUAAAAUAUUAUAUCGCAAAAUAAAAUAAAUUUAAUUAUAUUUAAUCAAAAAA